AUGGCGGCCGCCCUCGCACUAGCCGCCGGGCUGCGCGUAGUGCGCAAGGCAGUGGCGGCCGCGGGGCCGCGGGGGGUGCAGGUUCGAGGAGCUGCAGGGGUGACUGAUGGCAAUGAAGUGGCCAAGGCCCAGCAGGCAGCUCCUGGUGGGGCAGCCCCAACCAUAUUCUCUCGGAUCUUGGAUCGAAGCCUUCCAGCUGACAUUUUAUAUGAAGACCACCAGUGUCUUGUGUUCCGUGAUGUGGCCCCUCAAGCCCCUGUGCACUUUCUAGUCAUUCCCAAGAAGCCCAUUCCACGAAUUAGCCAGGCUGAAGAGGAGGAUCAGCAGCUUCUAGGACACCUCCUCCUCGUGGCCAAGAAGAUAGCAAAGGUUGAGGGCCUGGCAGAUGGGUACCGACUUGUGAUCAAUGAUGGGAAGCUGGGCGCGCAGUCAGUAUAUCACCUGCACAUUCACGUAAUUGGGGGCCGACAGCUCCUGUGGCCUCCAGGUUAA